AUGGGAGACCAUCGGCGGCGUGUGUUGGAUCUUUACAAGCGGCUGCAGUACAUGGGCCGCGAGUAUCCGGGUGGGCCAGAGAAGUUUCGCCAGCGUUGCUACAAUGCGUUCAAGAAACAGAGCUCCGAAACGGACCCGGAGAAAAUCGAAAAGGCCAUCGGGCUUGGCGAGUACGUGGUCAAAGAAAUUGAAGCCCUGUACAGCCUGCGGAAGUACCGAGCGAUGAAGCGUAGGUACUACGACGAAAAAUGAUACCCAACGUGCGGCGAUCUCUCACGGAAAAUAGUGAAGAUCAGUACAAAAGUGGUGACGAUAGGAUGAGUUACGGUAACCUUUGUACUGCUUCCGCUGAUGCUGUCGCUGAUAAGAGAAGAGAUCAUUAAUAUGCCCUUCACAACACGGAGUAGAGGUUGUUCUCCAAAGUGGUGCAAAGCGGCAUCGAAGAGCAGUAAACAUUCUACAGCAAAAAGUGCACAAAUCAGUGGGGAUCAUAAGAUUGGAACCUCAAGAAGCAAACUACAACUACUUGUACUACUCAUAUGAAGUGUAAAAUUAAAACCAUUCACAUGUUUA